GCUGUAGCUUUGGCUUUUGUUUUCUUCCAUCAGCAGCUUUACAUGGCCACCUAAGCUGUAGGGUAAUUUGGCCAUGCUACUAAUACUGACUGACUAAAAAAGCCUUACAAUUUCUGCCUAAAAAUAAGUUCUUAGGGAAUGCUUUUGUUAAAUUCCAUAUUCUUUUCACGUUAACCUCUCUUACAUAUCUUUAGGUACUCUAGGUCCUUGCAAUCAGAAUCUUGUAUUUUCUCUGUACUUCUAUCCCUAUUCUGUCCUGUGAUUUGUCAAAUUUGGUUGUUAUCUUCUUUGUUGUAUACUUGUAUUCAUCUCUGUUAGUUAAAAGAGUAUCACUAUUUGUUUAAUGUAGGUAAACAUUCUUUUGGAUAAUCUGGACAUUGAAAAUGUAAACUCUGUUAAUUUGAGGGCUGCACUGUCUGUGGCUCUUCUCCUUUUACCUCCCAAAUUCACUGAGGAAGAUCUGUAUGCCAAAAUAUGUAGCCUCUCAUACAUGGGUGACUUGCGUAUGCUUUUUGCAGAGGAUAGAAACAAGGUGAAAAAAAUUGUCCAUGGGCAAUUUUAUUCAUUCCAGUCCAUGUAUAAGCCAUUUCUUGAGGAGUAUGAGGGCCAAGACUUCUUGAGGUCGUCAUCAUCUGGAAGUCACCAGGCAUACAUAUUGCAGGACUGUAGCCCAACAGUAACUUCUUCUCUUGUUUAUCGUCUUCCUCCAACAAUUAGAAGCCAGAUGGGAAUGAAGCUGGGACAGAAGAAAAUAUUUAGUGAAUCUGGUAUGUGUGGAAUUAUUUUUGAUUAACAUUCAUAAUUCCAUAAUUCUAGAUUUAUGUGCAAUCCCUCUAUAGGUGGUAAAAUCAAAUCACAGAAUUAGAGUAGCCAGGGUUGGUGCGAUAAUUUUUCAUUGCAGGUCGUGUUUUACAUGAAGUUGUUAUCAAUUCCAGAGAAGAGGCUGCAAAGUGCAUGCAGCAGGUGCUGAGGCGAACAGUUAUGAUUUCAAGUGCAAGGCAGGCGAUAUCAGGUCUACUGACUGUUGGUAGUAUUAAAGCUGCUAGAUAUCUUGGUAAUAAAAUGCAGAAGGCUUGGAGGUCAUGGAGAUGAUCCCUUGCAAUUAAUUCAUUUCAUAAGAGUUGCAAAGCCUCUAGAGUUUGCAAUGACUGCUACAAGGCUGCUAACUUCUUCAGAGAAACAAGCUAUAUAUAAUAAAAAAAUACAAAUGAUCCAACUUUUUUGUUCUAAUUGCAUUAGUAGAUUUUAGAUUUAAGAAUUCAAAUUUGGCAUAUUUAUUGUUCAAAGUGUAUCGUGAUACAAAAGAACCUGCUGAUUGUAAGAGCUACUCUGGAAAAGCUACAAGCUCCAAAUUCCAAAUGCAGCUUUACAGGAUCUCGACCAUUUUCGUUCUGGAAAAAAACAAAGGGCUUUUACCAGAACCACAUUUAUUUAGAUUCUAGAACUAUCCUAAGAAUAAAUGCCACCAGAUUUAAUUCAUCCAAUGUUACCAUGAUCGUUGCUUAUGUGUGUAUAUUAGUGAUCAAUCUGUAUUCAGAAUGAAAUCAAAUAAAAAUCCGGUUUUCAA